CUAAUAAAACUUUUAACUACCUCCAACCAAACAUACCCUAAAAGUUGUGAAUGGAAAAGUCACCUUCGUGUUCCAUUGGACCAUUUGGCACUCCUUAAACGCAAAGAGUUAAACCUUCCCAAUCCCAGUUCCGAUCUCGGAGGCGAACUCCAGAAUCUUCUCCGGCGAGUAUGCAGAUGCCAACCUCACUCCGAGCGCCCGCCUGGGUCUCCGACCGAAGCCUCCUCGACCGGAAGUUCUCCGACCUUCACAAAUGCAGAGACGUAAAUCACCUGAAGCAACUCCACGCCAUCGUCUACAGAUUCAAUCUCCACCAGGACCCUUUCGUCGCGACGAAGCUCGUCGCCGCCUUCUCCCUCUGCAGCCACAUCGAGCUGGCCGUCAGGAUUUUCAGUCAAGUUGAAAAACCCAGCGUGCAUCUGUACAACGCCGCGAUCAAAGCCUGUGCUGUUGAUUCCCGGCCAUCGGAGGCAUACUAUGUCUUCUCGCAGAUGCAGUGCCGCGGCGUUCCCCCGGACAAUCUUACUUACUCUUAUCUUUUGAAGCUCUGUUUGGACGAAUCGUGGUUGAAUACUGUGAGGACGAUCCACGCCCUUUUCGAGAAGAAAAGGUUUGAUUCGGAUCCCAUUUUGUGCAAUUCCUUGAUUGACGCGUACUCCAGGUGCGGGAUUUGUUCUGCGAAGAGGCUGUUUUGGGGAAUGGAUCAUAGAGAUGUGGUGUCAUGGAACUCCAUGAUUGGGGGAUUUCUGAAAGCUGGAGAUUUGAGUGAAGCGCGGAAACUGUUCGACGUAAUGCCUGAGAGAGACACAGUGAGUUGGAACACCAUGUUGGAUGGGUGCGUGAAGGGCGGACAAAUGACUCUUGCAUAUGAACUGUUUGAUAAAAUGCCCUGCAGAGAUGUCGUAUCGUGGUCGACCAUGAUUUCUGGGUAUUGCAAAGCAGGGGAUCUUGAGAUGGCUCGCGCUUACUUCGACAAGAUGCCUUCGAAGAACGCGAUCACCUGGACAAUCAUGAUAACUGGUUAUGCUGAAAUGGGGCUGGUGAAGGAAGCCGUGGAAUUGUACACACAAUUGGAGAAAUCCAGUUUGAGUUUGGAUCCUAGAGUGUUUGUGAGCAUCCUAGCUGCAUGUGCAGAUUCCCGAAUGCUAGGGUUGGGUAAAAAAGUUCAUCGUUCCAUCAAAAGGAGUUGUUUUAAUAACACUAAUUCUAACACUCGGGUUCGCAAUGCUUUGAUUGAUAUGUAUGCCAAGUGCGGGAGCUUGAGCAAGGCGCUCAUCGUGUUCAACAAGACCAUCAAGAAAGACUUGGUGUCAUGGAACUCCAUGAUCCAUGGGCUCGCCAUCCAUGGACAUGGGAAAAAGGCCUUAGAGCUUUUCUCCGUGAUGAAAAGCGAAGGCUUCGUCCCAAAUGAAGUUACAUUUGUUGCCCUUUUGUCGGCGUGUAGCCACGCUAGUUUGGUGGACGAAGGCGUCUCUAUUUUCAACUCAUUGAGGAGCCGUUACGGUGUCGUGCCCCAAGUCCAACAUUUUGGGUGCAUGAUUGAUCUCUUAGGCCGCGGUGGGCAUCUCAAAGACGCUUUCGCCCUUGCUCUCAACAUGCCCAUGGAAGCAAACAUCAUAAUCUGGCAUUCCCUUCUCGAGGCGUGCCAAAUGCACGACGAUGUUUUGUUCCCACCACACGUGCGCGAGUAUCUAGCCGAGUUAGGGAGGGGUGUGACUUCGGAUGCCAGAUUGGCAAUAGACAUUGGCUUGGAAAAACCAUGUGGUGUGGGUUCUAUAGAGUUGAUGGAGAGUGAUCAUCCUAAAUCAGGUAGGAUAUAUCAUCAGAUGAUAUAUGGGCUGAGCCAACAUCUUAGACUGCUAGCCCCUUCAAACAAAAAAGAGUUCAAAAAAGAGUUUUAUAAAAAGUUCUGAAUGAUUUUGAAAAUGUGGUGUAUAUAUAGAUGGUUUAGAUUGUAAUGUCAUUGGGUACAAAAAAAAUGCAGCAUAGAACCGUAGAAUUUGCAGUAAAUUCCAUAAUUGGUCCUUUAUAAUAGGAGGAUUUUCCUAUUUAGUUCUCUAUUAUCAAAUAUUACCUUAAUGGUCCUUCUUUUAUGAGUAUCUUUCCACAAAUAAUCCUUUUUUAUCUUCAAUCAUGUUGGUGUUAAUUUGAGCGCUAAAAGUGUAAUUUCACAAUGAUAAUAUAUCUUUUUUGUCAUG